UUUUCUCUUUUUUCUUCAUCAUCUGAAUCAUUAAACAAUGGCCGUCAUUUCAACUUUGGUGACAUCACUCCCUUCUCUUAGUCAUCUUGCACUCUAUGCUUUUCUCGCUUUAGGUGUUUCUGUUAUUCUUAACAUCUUGAACCAACUGUUUGGUCCCAAGAACACCAAAGCACCACCUGUAGUCUUUUCUUGGAUUCCAUUUAUGGGAAAUGCCGUUGAAUUUGGCGUAUCACCCAUCAAGUUUUUACAGUCAUGUCAAAAAAAGUACGGUGAUGUCUUUACGUUUUAUAUGGUGGGACGACGUGUGACGGUCCUGUUGGGAGCGGAUGGUAAUCAAUUUGUGUUCAAUUCAAAGCAAAACCUGUCUUCUGCAGCCGAAGCCUAUAACCAUAUGACCAAGUAUGUAUUUGGACCUGAAGUGGUGUAUGAUGCUCCUCAUAGUGUCUUUUUGGAGCAAAAGCGAUUUAUCAAGGCGGGUUUAAAUUCCGACUGUUUCCGUCAACAUGUGCCCAUGAUUGUGGAUGAAGUGGUAGAUUUCUUUAAGGAUUUCAAAAAACCUUCAGGUACAUUUGAUGCCUAUCAUACUUUUGGUUCCUUGAUUAUCUGUACCGCCUCACGUUGUUUGAUGGGUAAAGAAAUUCGUGCCAACUUGGAUAAGAGUGUAGCUCAAUUGUAUUACGAUUUGGAUCAGGGUUUCCAACCCAUUAAUUUCAUCUUUCCCAACUUGCCUUUACCUUCUUACCGUAAACGAGAUGCAGCAUGUAAAAAGAUGGCGGAGGUGUACUCGGGUAUUAUUCAACGUAGAAGAAGAGAGAACGAUAACACCAACUCGGAUUUACUUCAGGCUUUGAUGGAUGCCAAUUACAAGGAUGGAUCUCCUUUACCUGAUCAUCAUAUUGCAGGUAUGAUGAUUGCUGUCUUAUUCGGUGGACAACAUACCUCGGCCACCACAACCGCUUGGACACUUUUGGAAUUAGCAGCACGUCCUGAUCUGAUGCGUGCUUUACGUGAAGAACAAAUCGCUAAAUUAGGUUCUUUAAAGACCGAUCUUACCUUUGAAAAUGUCAAGGAAUUAACCUUAUUGGAAAACUGUGUACGUGAGACUUUACGUCUUCAUCCUCCCAUCUUUCAAAUGAUGCGUAAGGUCAUUGCCGACAGCGUUACUUUUGAAAAGACGGGUCAUGAGAUUCCCAAGGGUAAUUUCUUGUGUGCUGUCCCCGGUGUCACUCAAGUAGAUGAAACUUAUUUCAAUGACCCACUCACGUAUAACCCUAUGCGUUGGGUGGAUUUGACAGAUCCCGUGCAUGCUAUGGAGGCAGGUGAUGAUGCUAACGUGGAUUAUGGUUUUGGUGCUGUUGGUAUCUCUUCCAAGAGUCCCUUCUUACCAUUUGGUGCUGGUCGUCAUCGUUGUAUCGGUGAACAAUUUGGUUACCUUCAAAUCAAGACCAUCAUUGCCACCAUGAUUCGUCUCUUUGAUCUUGAAUUAGAAGAAGGUAAAUCUGUACCCAAGUCAGAUUAUACUUCUAUGGUUGUCGUGCCUGAAAAACCUGCCAACAUCAAGUAUACUUGGAGAGAAUAAUAGACCCCCCUUUUUUUCUUUUUCUUUUUUUACUGUUUUACUCUGUUUUAUAUAUCUACUUAUUAAUUACUGUGGACUCAUCCCCCAUCAACAUCCUUUUCCCCCAAUAAACUAAAUUCUACAGCUUCCUCCUUCAAG